UAUAUAUGAAAGGCAUCUUCUUGGAGGCCUUGUCGAACUCUCUGUGUAUUUGCUGAUCGAAAAGGUCCCCAUGGGUUCGGAGAAGAAUCAGGAGACCCCUGAAGUGAGCAAUACGAAGGAGUCCUCAGAGAAGACGAAGGGUCCUCCAGAUCAAGUGGAUUCUGAUCAUUCGCAGGAUGACGGCCAGGAAGAAAUCUCAACCUCGUCCGGUCUAAAGGUUCAUGGGUUCGAAAAUGAAAUGAUUUCACUGGAAAAAAUACUUAAACGGCGACAAAGUGAGGAUGAAUUCAAGGCAAUUGGGAUCGUCGGUGAACUAGGUGUCGGGAAAUCAACUCUUUGCCGAGCUCUUCUCAACAAGAAUGAGGUCAAAACCAGCUUCCUUCCCAGGAUUUGGGUACGCAUGUCCAAGAAAAGUGAAGCAGAGAACUCAGAGGAAGCAGUCGUUAAAAGAAUGUUGGAGUGUCUUGGAGUUGACGAGGAGAUCAUUAAGAGCAUCUGCAUGGAUAAUGGACGCGCCCUCGAUGAUAAGGAACGCCUCAAUGCUUUACUUUAUGCUCUGCAUCUCCAACUGAAUGGUAAGAAGUAUCUCAUCGUGCUUGAUGAUGUUUGGAAAGAGGAUGAAUGGUACCGAGAUUUGAGUGCUGCAAUAAAUCGUAGCUAUGAUUGGAAUGAACGUCUUGCAUAUGGAUUGCCAAAAGGAAACGGGGGAACGGUGAUUGUCACGAGCAGGAAUAAGGAGGUAGCGAAGAAGAUGGUCGGGAAGGAAGAAAACAUACAUAACCUUCUGCCACUUUGGAACCAAGAGAGCUGCUGGUCAAUAUUCACAGACACGGUCGAGAGAGAGAAACAGGUGUUGAACUUGAUGGGUCAAGAAGAUUUAGAAAAAGCAAAGAAGGAUCUUUUCGAAAAGUGUGGUGGCCUUCCACUCGCAGCAAAGAUGAUGGGGAAAGCUAUGGCGGAAAAGCUGAAAGAAGAAGCAGCCGCAAAAGCCCAAGUUUCUGUUUCUGUUCCUGUUGCCGAAAGAAUUGAGACCCACGACGACGGAGCGUCCGGAGAAGGCACAGGUCAUGUUGGUGAUCUCCAAAGAAGCCACAUCCACUAAAGUUUAAGCGUCGGGAAAUUAAACGCCAAGAUGCUGCCACAGGAAGCGGGAUCGACGAAGAACCGUAAUUUACGAAGUACUUACUGCAUUUAUCCAACGCUUUUGUCUUCGUUUUAGCAUUAAAGUUUUUUCUUCAAUUCCUUCUUAUCGAUUCAUAUAUAUGAUCGGUUUUGUCCACGACAGUCUUCUUUAUCCAAAGGUAUAUGUCUUAAAUUAUCUUUUGAUCUCGUGUACUUUCACGUUCACCAGAAGGACUUCCCUCCAAUGUUCAAUUGCGUUUUGUGAUC